AUGUCUCGCUCAGCGUCAACCGGUAAGUCGAAGAGGCCAUCGUCUGUCGUAUGUGAUGACGACGACGACGGUGCGACUUCUGUAUCUGCGCCUGCUUCUGUCCAAGAAGAUGACGAGAGGGUGAGGAGUGAUUCGAGGCGGUUAAAGGUGUCCAUUGAAAUAGUGUGGUUGGACAAUGGCGCCGCUGUACCGGUCCUCAUUGUACGUUUGUUUAAAGAUGUCACAGGGGCGCAAAGCUUGGACCAUCGCGAUUAUCCACUACCACCCGCCACAAACCAUAUGGACUUCUUUGCUACCACCACCAUCCUCGAGCAGCUCGCUGCUUCAAUACCAUCACUACCGUCAAUACCUGUCGAAAGCAGCUCACAUCCUGACAGUAAUAAUGAUGAACCGGACGAGCUUCCCGUGCCAGUCGACGAAGAGCGAUACGGCGUCGGUGUUACCAACUCUUGGUGCACCGUUUCGUAA